AAGAUGCGGACUCAGCUCGUUGGUGUUUGUCUGGCAAUCAUUGGCUUUCUUGGCACCAUUCUUAUCUGUGGACUGCCCAUGUGGAAGGUGACUGCCUUUGUCGGGGCAAACAUUAUUACUGCUCAGGUGUUCUGGGAAGGUUUAUGGAUGAACUGUGUGAUCCAGAGCACAGGUCACUCACAGUGUAAGGCCUACGACUCCGUUCUGGCUUUACCACAAGAACUGCAGGCCUCCAGGGCUCUGAUCUGUGUCUCCAUUGCUGUCAGUGUGGUGGCCAUUGGGCUCACUGUGGUCGGGGCCCGUUGCACCAACUUCUAUCGUGAUGACUGGAGGACCAAAUCCAAUGUUGGCGUGUCAGGAGGUGUGGUGUUUAUAAUCGCGGGGCUGCUGUGUAUCAUUCCUGUCAGCUGGUCAGCUCACAGCAUCAUCACAGGUUUCUACAACCCCUUGGCUACCAGUGAGAGGAGAGGAGAGCUGGGGGCGUCCAUAUAUGUGGGCUGGGCAUCCGGAGCUCUGCUCGUCAUUGGUGGAGGGGUGUUGUGUAGCACCUACAGAUGCUGA